UUCUAUAGUGUAAAGGCUUAUUCUACCAAGGGCUGCAGGGUUGGAUUGAUAACGUCAGUAUGGAAUGGUGAAUUGAUGGCUAUUCAAUAAACUCUCCGUUUUGAGCUCUUGAUGAUCAGCUAAGGCUCAUGGCAUGAAGAUGACCUGUAGCAAGUUCAAGUAUUUCAAAAGUACAAUGAUUCCUUUGCCACUUUAACUUUUCUUAAUGUAAUGCAGCAAAUCAGAUCAGAAAAGCAAAUCAGCAAAUCAGAAAAGAUUCAGUGCACUGAAAUACAAUUUAGUAGGUCAUGUCGGCAUGGUAUUAUAAAGGAAGAACUUGAAUGUUCACGCACAAUCUAAGUUUACUCUUGGGAAAGAAGCAAAGCGUGCUUGAAUAAACCCCAGCCUUUUAAUUUCAAGGAUUCACAUUGACUCGGAUCAAGAAACAUUUGGCACAGCAAAGCUGUCGGUAAGGUUUGAGUGCAUGAAUUGCCUGUUGUGUUGUAAUGCGUCUAUGUUUCUUGCUAUGAUUAGCACAGUCAUAAACCCAGCAUUCCCACCAAGUUCAUGAAGGCCUCAAAAGGCUCUAUUCAUAUGUGUAUCACAGAAUAGUCUUCGCCUGGCUACCCAGACUCCAGACUCCGGCCAAACGUGUCAUGCUGCAGCUGUCUUGAGUCCACAGAACUAUUUUGAUGUCCCAACCUCUUUGAAACUGUUCAAUACCCUUCUUGUCCCUUAGAGGCAAAUGUGCUCCACACGCCAUCAGAAAACAAUUUUGAUGUCCAUCCUCUGUUCUCCCCUGUCUGUCUUUCUACCUCUCCCUCUCCCUCUCUCAGCAUCCGACGAACUCAGAGCAAGCAGCAGCCCAAACUUUACACAACACCUGCUACAUCAUGCAUCAGUAAUUUAGUUGAAUUUGACUGUAUGGCACGGCACUUGUUGAUUGUUAAAAAAAAAUAUGAUGCGAACAUAAACAUGGUUUAUCUUUCUACAGCAUCUGAAGGGACGUUCCUGAGCGAGCAGCCACUCAUGACGUGAACUUCUGAACACACCCAUUGAGAUAAAAAAAUAUAGAAAAAAAUAAAAACACUGAGGUGAUUCAUCUGACGAACUCAGAGCAAGCAGCAGCCCACUUCCAAUUGUCAUGGCAACAGCAUGUGAAUGCAUUGGGCCAUAGGUGCAGACUGUAGAGUGGAUGUAGGAGUGCGGCAUCGGAAGCCACAGCUCUAUCUCCUGAAGCAAGCUGUAAGCUGAAUGAAAAGUGAAACCCCGUUCUCUAAAGAGGAGCCAUCUCUGCUCAGCCAAUCAGCCUGUGAUCUGCCUGGUCUCUCAGGAAAGUCUCUGAUGCCAUGGAGCACAGGGCCCUGAUGUAUACCAGUCAACCCUGGAAGGGGCCCAAGGGCUCCACCUUCACCCCCAACUGGGACACCCCAUCAUGCCGACCAACCGUCACAUCCCUUUGCCCUGACGUGGUAAAGUCCCCGUGUCAACAUGCUGCCAACAUAUGUCACCCUUCAGAAGUCCCUGUGACCUCCCAGUCCCAGCAGAUUGGCCCCCACGCCUCAACAUCCUCUGGGUUUUCUGCCACUGCCAACACUGCCAGUAGAAAAGGUGAAAAGGAGUGUAAUAUAGUCAUCCCCAUUCAAAAUGAGGAGACGGCCCUGCCAGCAUACAACCCUGGGUUUCGCGGACGCUCCUUCUCCGCAGCCACUGCCUCACACCCAGUCCCACCCAGACGCAGAUGUGACAGCUACGUCCACCUAUGCCCCGACAACGGCUCAGAGGACACUAGCAGAGGCGACGCCUCCCAGUUCAGCCCAGACGUCUCCCCUGAUCACGGUGGUCCACGGUCGCGGUCCCGCAGCAUCAUCCUGAGGAAGACAAAGAGGAGGCCGGCGCCGCCAACCCGUAGCGUGUCCCUCAGGAGAGAAUCUGCCACCAAGCUCAGAGACAACAGGACUAAGAGCCUUUAUAUCGACAGGGACCCUGCCCCCCAUGACUCAUUCCUGCCUGACCUCAUCCUCAUCUCCACACCAAGGACAGAGGAGGUGCUGUGCCUGGAGCAGUCCCCUGCUCAGCCUGUACAGGCCCGGGUUGGGCCACCAGUCAACGACAAUGGGCAGCUACGUGAAGUAAGGUCUGUUGAGCCCUGCUGUCUCAUGUCAAGCUCAGGUCCUGCUAUGGGUGUACCUGUAAAUGAGGGAAGAAAAGCCUCCAGCAGGUCAGAAUCGGUCAGACCCCUUCCCCCCUUGCAACGCCCGCAGUCUCUAACUUGUAAGCAGUCCCCCUUCCAACAACCUGCCUCAGUCUCUCCCUCCAGUAGCCAGUCCAGCUCUCAGUGUGAGACUCAUUCCCCUCCUGUCCUCACAUCUGCCAUCACGGGACCCUCCCCCUUGGGCUGCAGGAUGCGCCCCAAGUCCUCCACCUCGCCCACCUCCCCCAGAUCCAGCAGGCUGCGGCUAUCCUUGGAGUUGCCAGGGGUCGUCCCUCUCCCAGACCCGGCGGUGAUCAACCCCAAAGCCACCCGGCGACACUCAGAGUCCUCUGGGUCGUCUGGCACCACCAGACCCAGACAGAGGCUGAGCUCCAGCAUGAUGGUGAUGCCUGUGGUGACCCAGGAGGAUCUCAGCAAUGUGCGUUUGCGUUCCGUCAGCAGCUCAGACUCUGACAAAGGACUGGAGGGCUCACCUGAAGUCAUCAGGGAGGAGGAGCUGGAGCAGGAGCUGGAGCUGGAGAGCUGCCCACUGGUCCACCACAGUCCUAAAGCUAAACCACCUGUUGCUGCUAAGCCCCCUGCACACAAAUGGCCACCAAUACAUUUGGUAAAGUCUUCCUCAGUCUCUACUCAUUUCCCAGAGACUGUUCCAGCCUCACCAAGAGAGAGCCAGGGGGACAUGUAUAUGGUGGAAAGGAGACCAAAACCUAAAAGGUCGCACCAGCUUCCUCGUGUUGCCAGUGAUGGGGUUAUGGUUGAGAGGCAGCAUGCUGUAGACAGGCAACAAUAUGAUGACCCACACCCACCACCCACCUCCUGCCAUUCAGAGAACAGGGAUGUGAGAAGGACCUCUCCCACCAAGACCUCAUUUCUCCUAGCUGAACUGGAUAAGAAGAAGAAGAUGGUUCCCCCUCCAGUCGCAAAGAAACCGGAUGUCCUCUUCAUGUCCUCCAUCAGCUCACUGGGACAGAAGAGUAAUAGGAACCAUGUCUGGUCUGGGCCCAGUGGUGCUUACCAGUCUCCUGUCAGUGCAUACCAGUCUCCUGCCAGUGCAUACCAGUCUCCUGCCAGUGCAUACCAGUCUCCUGCCACUGCAUACCAGUCUCCUGCCACUGCAUACCAGUCUCCUGCCACUGCAUACCAGUCUCCUGCCAGUGCAUACCAGUCUCCUGCCAGUGCAUACCAGUCUCCUGCCAGUGCAUACCAGUCUCCUGCCAGUGCAUACAAGUCUCCUGCCAGUGCAUACCAGUCUCCUGCCAGUGCAUACCAGUCUCCUGCCACUGCAUACCAGUCUCCUGCCACUGCAUACCGAGACAAAGACUUUACUGGACAAGAUCUCAACCAUCACAGUAUAAGAGAUGGGUUCGUCCUAGAUGAGAACUGUGAAGAGAGGAGGGCAAUGCCUCAGAUGAGAACACUGUGCCUUGGGGAGGAAGAGGAGGAAGAGUUGGAGCACAACUCACAGUCAACUACUGAGGACCUAUUCACCAUCAUACACAGGUCCAAGAAGAAACUCCUGGGUCGCAAAGAAACAGCUGACAGCAGGCAAGGUUACGGAUCCCCCAUUAAAGGCAUCCAGGGGGUUGUCCAGAAGUCAAGCUCCAAAAAUGACAACUUCAUGGCUUUUCUGCAGAGGCGGAGGAGCAAUAAACCCAACUCUGGGGAGAGACUGUCAGCCGCUGAACUGCUGAAGAGUACCAAACCACUGGUCGGUCAGCCAUAGAGCAUCAAACAACUCCAAUGUUUAUGUUUCUCAAUGUGUUGCAAACACUUAUCACUCAAUAUGGGGCAUGAGAGUAUUGUGGACAAUCAGGGACGGUGGGGGGGGGGGGACUGGGAGUGGGACGGGGGGCUAUUGUUUAUAUUGCUUUACGUGCUACCCCGACAACUUGUUUCUGUGAUGGCAAUACAGCGUAUAGAGGUCUAACUGUGAAUACGACAACAUGUUGCCCAGCUGUGUUUUGCUUAUGAGCUGAGACAAUCUAUCACGUCAACAUAUUUGUCUUGCCUGGACUUGUGAUGCUUACACCAUUUGUUUUUGAGCUGCCAACAUUUGUGCUUUUGGUCAUGUGUCGCUCAGAAAUAAAACAAAAAGCUGCUUGUG